GGGAGCUUUGGAGAGGCUUGUGGCAGCCCUCUUUUGGGUACACACUUUUUAUAGUGGUUUAUUUCCUAAUAAUCGUACCAUGCUUGAUGCUGCUGCUGGAGGAUCAUUAAUGAGUAAACAUGCUGAUGAGGGUUAUAACCUCAUAGAGGAGAUGGCUUCAAAUAGUUAUCAAUGGGGGAGACGGAAGCCACACAGCCACACAGACGCAGGAGAGGGUUCUGUACAAGAGGAAAAGAACACCCAGCCGCCCACAUCCCAGCAACCCACAUCUGUUUAUUACCAGCAGCAGAAGAGGACAGCCACACACAGAGACGCAAGUGGAGUGACGGCAGACGCAAGGGCAGCCGCUGGACACUUCAAUCCAAAACAAAGGGACAAGCGCAACACUUCAGGCCACCGAUCGGAGUUCUACAAAUUGGGUUUUUGCUCUUCUAGACUUAUUUUUCCCUUGUUUGGAUAUGGAAUUUUGGUUCAUCAAUUUAAUCUCAGAUUUUACCAUGUUUAGUAUGAACUAAUUUUGCCAUCUAAGGCUACGAUGUAGCCUGAUCAAUUUAAUAUAGAAUUUCAUGAUUUUUAUAUUUUCAAGGGUUAUUAAUUCAUGUUGAGUAUAUAUUAUUGUUCUUAAUGCUUUUUGAUGAUUGGCCACCAUUAAAACUGAUUUUAAGAGCAUAAUUGAGACUGAGAGGAGAUUUUAUGCAAUAGCUUUUAGUAAUAUAUACCAUGAAUUGAACGAAAGCCAGAGAUGGACCAACGUGAUUUGUGCAGCAUUAGUGAUAAGUGGACUUAAUUUUCUACCUAAACUAGGGAAUUUCAUAUAACAUAAUGCGUCUUUAUCUAUUUAAAUUCACAUAGAGAUAUAGUGGGUUAAUAGGUGAAGAUAGGUUUGGUAUAACUUGAGAAAGUAUAUCGAAUAAAUUAGGAAAUCCCGCUGUCACAUGAAUAAUAAAUACCUUGGAAGUAUAUUGAUCUAAAAUUCUAUAUUAGUUGAUGAUGGUGAAGUCGGAUGCCUUAGACUUUUAAUUCUUGGUGUUAAUCAAAGUUAAUUUAGUUU